GCACAUUUGCUGGCGACUACACUGGCAAGCGAAAGGUCACGGCUGAGGGCAACGAAUACUCGUUGGCGGUCAACGUCCUGGCCCCCUUCUUGCUGACUUCGCUUCUUCUGGAGAAUGUUCGCGCCUCCGGUGCAGGCCGCAUCCUAAUCACUUCCUCGAUUUCUGCUGGAUCAAACGACGCCUUGUCCGACCUUCAAUGUGAAAAGCAUUGGUCCGACCACAGAGCCUACGAGCUCAGCAAGCUUUGCGACGCUAUGAUCACCAUGGAGCUUCAUGCACGUUACGGAGAUCCCCCGAGGCUGUGCUUCCACACCAUGGACCCAGGCACAGUGGACACCAAAAUGCUGCGAGCAGGGUGGGGCUUCGGAGGCGCACCCGUACGUUCGGCAACGACUUCUUUCGAGAUGCUCACGGAGGACAAGUACCAGACCACGUCUGGCCAGGGGAAUGGCUACUGCUGUGGCGAGAAGGAAGCAUCUCGCAAACGGCUCUGGGACGAGCUGGUGAAGCUGACCGACGCCAAGUACCCCUGA